UGUAGUUGGGCAAAGCUGACUACCAAAGAGAAAAUGACAUCUGUAGAAAAAGUGGAGGAUGCCUCAUCACCCAUUCGUGGACCUGGAGAUGGCAUGGAAACAGAACAGACAGCUGAAGCAGCAGAAGUGAUCACUGGAGCCAAUGCUACAAACCAUCACAUCCACCAUAGCCCACUUAAGAAGACAGUCUCCUCCCUGAGUCCUGGAGUUCUGCAGCUGGGAAAAAUCCAUGCUGAUAAAUCAGUGGAGAUUGAAGCUAUUCGUAUCAUAGUCCCCAAAGCAGCUAUCACCCAUGUUGUUCCAUCUAAAAAUGCUAAGGUAGCUAAAUCAGUGGGACAUAAAGGAGAUGCGUUCCAUCAGUCAGAUGGAGCCAUAGAUCCCAAGAAGGAACAGACAGAGCUGAAAAAUGCAGUUGAGAAGCUGAAAAAUUCAGAAAAGCGUCUGUUACAGGAUAAAGAAGGUCUCUCUAAUCAGCUGCGUAUACAGACAGAGGUGAAUCGGGAGCUGAAGAAAUUACUUGUUGCUUCUGUUGGGGAUGAUCUGCAGUACCACUUUGAACGGAUGGCUCGUGAGAAAAAUCAGCUCAUCCUAGAAAAUGAGGUUCUGGGCCGGAAUUUGUCCCAGUUAUCAGAGCAGUUGGAGCGCAUGUCCAUACAGUGUGAUGUGUGGAGAAGCAAAUUCCUGGCAAGCAGGGUUAUGGCUGAUGAACUAACCAAUACCAGAGCAAUUCUUCAGCGUCAGACUAGGGAUGCACAAAGUGCUAUCCAGGACUUGCUGAGUGAACGUGAUCAGUUCCGUCGAGAGAUGAUUGAUACACACAGGCUCCUGGAAGAGCUGAUGGUUUCUCUUCAAUGGGGCAGGCAACAGACAUACUAUCCUAGUGCCCAACCUUACACUACAACAGAGCUAGCAGCUGUGAAUUGUAAGCUAGCCAAAGCUGUAAGUUCACAUCUUCUUGGAAAUGUUGGCACUAACAGUCCAAAAAAGACUUCAGCAGCUGUGGAGUUUUGCAAUACCCCUGCUGAAAAAAUGGCUGAAAUGGUGCUACAUGUACUGGAUCCAGCAGCACAUACAGAAACCUCAACUGAAGUUUCCUUUUCUGAGACCUCUCCUUCCUCCUUUCUUUCCACAAAGAAGAGUAUUGGAAGGUUUCACCCAUAUACAAGAUAUGAAGAUGUAACUUUUAACUGUUGCAAUCAUUGUCAAGGAGAGCUGAUAGCCCUUUAAAAACACAGCUAGUGCAAGUGCAUGUGCACUGUUUCUGGAGAACUACACUCUCUGAUGUUCAGCAGACUUCCUGUUUUCCUAUUUCUUUCCAUGAUGGACGUGUUUAACAUUGGAAAUUAUGUAGUUGCUGCUUCUCUACCCCUUGUGAAGUUUAGGGACUGACAGGACCUUCUUAGCCUCUGGGAUACUUCUGCUGCUUUCCAUUAUGGAAAGCUACUUAUUUUCUUCUGCAGAGGCAAGACCAAAAACAUUAUGCUGGUCCAUUUUGUAGAGCAUAGAGGUGCCCUUGACUAUGUAAAGUUUACAGUUUUAAUUAGCAAAUCUCAAUUAAUUUCUUCUUAGAGGGAGACGAAAGUGUAACUACACCGAAGUCAAUGAAGUGUUGAUAGGUUGCUUUACAAAAAAAAAGGGGGGGGGGCAAUGGAAAAUGGCCAGCUCCAUGCUUUUGGUUUUUUGUUUUUUUUCUUUUUUAAUCUUAGCAACGGUUAUGAACCGUUCCCAAGUCUGUUCAGCCUUUUAAAUUUAGUAAUUAAAAUGAAUAUGUGCAAUGAUUCUUCAUAGCUCUAAAUAAGCAUGAGUAUAAGCAGUGUGGCAGCCAUCCUGGCAGGAAGGGGAAAGAGCUUCAAUGAACUCCAGAUGUAGUAGAUAAAUAGUAACUGGUCUUCAUGGACUCUGAAAACUGUGUGGGGUGAGGUUAUUCUUGUGUUGACAUAAAGCUAAAAUCUCCUUUUCCAUCUAUUUCAGCUUCUAGAGUGAAGCUGUUGCAUAGCUGAUCAUCAGCAAAAAGAGACUGAUAUACCUCCUUUAGUACCUAGUAUUGAAAUCUGAUGUAACAUUAGAACUCAGUCCUUGCCCAAGGUCUUCCUGGGUGUUGUGGGGAGCUGAAGCACUGUUUGCACAGGUACUAGUAAAAAAUAUAUUUUUUUACUUGUAUGGUUUUGUAAUCCUGAUGUGAUUUUGAAAAGAACUUUUAGCAGAUAAUCUGCUACAUCCAAAGAAGCCUAUUUAAGUUACGCAUAUAAAGAGGAAAGGUAGGAGGAAGCAAAUACACAUUCUAAUUUCUUAGUUUCACUCCUAAAGUUAUAAUAUGUAGCUGUGUAGUUUAGAGAAAGGGUUUGUAUAAUGGUUGCUUUUUCCCAGUUUUCCUUUGAAUCUCAUACCAUGAACAGAAUAGGUUAAGUUUGAAGUUCUUGCUGUU